CUUGUGACGCUGCAGCCACGGACGCAGAGUGCAGGGGGGAGUCGUGAUGAGAUGGUGGAAGAAAUCGCUGAGGGGAUCCUGAAGAAGGUUCCAUCGCUCAUCCCUGUGCAGGAAGUGAUGGAAAAAUACCCCGUGAUGUACCAGGAGUCCAUGAACACCGUGUUGGUGCAGGAGGUCAUACGGUAUAACCGUCUCCUUGGCGUCCUCUCCCAGACUCUGAGUGACCUGCUGAAGGCCAUGAAAGGUCAGGUCGUCAUGUCAUCCCAGCUGGAGCUCAUGGCCAACAGUCUUUAUAACAAUUCAGUGCCAGAACUCUGGCGGGCAAAGGCGUAUCCAUCACUGAAGCCAUUGUCCUCCUGGGUGGUUGACCUUCUCGAGAGAAUCAAGUUCCUUCAGAAAUGGAUCACAGACGGAAUCCCGGCUGUCUUCUGGAUCAGUGGCUUGUUCUUCCCUCAGGCUUUCCUAACCGGAACCUUACAGAACUUUGCCAGGAAACACGUCAUCUCCAUCGAUACAAUCUCCUUCGAAUUUAGGGUUCUCCGGGAGACAGUAUCAGAGCUGCAGCAGCGCCCUCCAGAGGGGUGUUACAUUUACGGCCUGUACCUGGAAGGAGCAUGCUGGGACAAGACAACCAUGCAGCUGGCAGAAUCAAGGCCUAAAGAACUCUACACAGAGAUGGCAGUCAUCUGGCUAGUACCUGUGUCUGAACGCAAACCUUCCACCUCCGGGACCUACCUGUGCCCCAUCUACAAGACCCUGACCCGGGCAGGAACGCUCUCCACCACGGGACAUUCCACCAAUUACGUCAUCGCAGUGGAGCUCCACAGCAGCCAACCGCAAACCCACUGGAUAAAACGGGGCGUGGCUCUGAUCUGCGCUCUGGACUACUGA